CUGAUUUCUGGGAAGAUCAGUAAUGUCGCCGCAUCUUAAAACCAUGGUGAAAACGCAUGAGAUUCAGUAGGAUAGGAGGACUAGGAUUCAGGGGUAGGCUUUAUUAUAAGGCUGGAGGAUUUGAAUUUGACUGAUUUCUCUCGGACAGCUGUGACAAAAUGGCAGAUGCACUGCUGCUUGCAACUGCACCUCGGGGCAAAGAGUUCUCAUGCCCUUGUGCAACGCAAGCAUUGUAUUUACUGUUUUAUUGCAUUCAAAGAUGCGCUUCCUGUUGCUGUUCAGUCGGCAGGGGAAGCUGCGACUGCAGAAAUGGUUCACACCAUUAACGGACCGAGAGAAGAAGAAGGUGAUCCGGGACAUGACGAUGAUGGUGUUGGCCCGUCCACCACGUUCCUGCAACUUCCUCCAAUGGAGGGACCUCAAGAUUGUUUACAAAAGGUAUGCCAGUCUGUAUUUCUGUACUGGUCUGGACGACCAGGAUAAUGAGCUGCUGAGCCUUGAGGUGCUCCACAGAUAUGUGGAGUUGCUGGAUAAAUACUUUGGUAAUGUGUGUGAGUUGGACAUCAUUUUCAACUUUGAGAAGGCCUACUUCAUCCUGGAUGAAUUCCUGAUGGGAGGAGAAGUCCUAGAAACUUCCAAAGUAGAUGUGGGUGUAUCCAUAGAGGAGGCUGACACACUCCAAGAGACAAUGGAGGAAUACAUGAGUAAACCUGCCUACUGAGUCGAGAGAAGACAAGGAUGAAAGGUUUAUUAUUGCGUAGUAUGUUGACUAAGCGACUAACAAAUAAUUCAGCCUAAUUUUUCAUGUUUUCACUUAAGUUGCAAGAAUUACGUUCUUCAAAAUGUCUACCACUCUCAUUUAAAACCAUUUAAUGUAAUGCAGCUAAAACAAGAAUGUUUAUCUCUGAAAAUCUGAUACUUAAAAUAUAUCUCAGAGUAUUGAUUAAAGUCAAUAUUAUUUUUGUUGAAAAGUUUUCAGGAUAAUAUCAAUUACAUUUGCAUUUAUAAGUGCCUUUUAAGCCUCUCAGGGUUGACAGGGUGACAGGAAAUAUGACUGAAAACAUAUUCUCUGUGUGACAGCAUUGUCUCAUCUGUCAAUAUAUCCAAAUGUCCUUUUAAAAAUAUAUUUUAAUGUUUUUGUAAUGUAAUCUGUCAUUUACAUUUAAACCGAUGCUUUGUAUGAUGCUGAAUAAUUGAAGAAACACUACACAGUAAGGAAAAAUAAAGUCAAUGCUUUAUUAACCUCAAGUAUGUCACAUAUGACCACAUUUAAGAAAUAAUUACCAAAAAACACAAAUCUAAGGGAUCCAACACUGAUUUGGUUGUGUGCGUUGAAAUGUAAGGCUGGUGAGUCACAUGUACUGGUUGUAAGUGUUGUUGAAACUCAAAUGAAUGUCUGAACACUCACAUUUCUGCUAAUAAAUAAGAACAUUU